AUGUCUAUCAAGGUCGCUCUUCUCGGUGCUUGCGGUGGUAUCGGACAGCCUCUCGCUCUUCUCUUGAAGCUCAACCAGAAGAUCUCUGAGUUGUCUCUCUACGAUAUCAAGCAGGCCCGUACUCCUUGCGCUGGUGUUGCUGAGGAUUUGAGUCACAUCAACACUCCCGCUGAGGUUAAGGGUUACGCUGGUGAGGAGGAGAUCGAGGCUUGCCUUACCGGCAGCGAUAUCGUCAUCAUCACCGCCGGUGUCCCUCGUAAGCCUGGUAUGACCAGGGAUGAUCUCUUCUCGAUCAACGCCGGUAUCGCCGCUGGUCUUGCCAAGAACUGCGCCAAGUAUGCCCCUAAGGCUACUCUGUGCAUCGUCACCAACCCCGUGAACUCUAUCGUUCCCGCUUGUGCUGAGGUCUACAAGCAGGCCGGUGUCUUCAACCCUAAGAAGCUGCUCGGUGUUUCCCUCUUGGAUACCGUCAGGGCCGAAACCUUCGUCGCCAAGGAGUUGAAGGCUGAUGUCAACGAGGUGACUAUCCCCGUCAUCGGUGGUCAUGCUGGUGUGACCAUCAUGCCUUGGUUCUCUCACUCCACUCCUAAGGUUGACUUCGAUGAGGCUACUCUCACUGCUUUGGACAACCACGUUCAGAACGCCGGUACCGAUGUUGUUAACGCCAAGGCUGGUGCUGGAUCUGCCACUCUUGCCAUGGCUUAUGCCGCUGCUGAGUUCGCUGAUGUUGUCAUUCGUGGCAUGAAGGGCGAGAAGGCUUCCGCUUCCGUCUUCUUCAACGAGCCCUAUGGAGAUGUUCAGUUCUUCUCUUACUUGUGCGACUUCGGACCUGAGGGUGUCUCCAAGGUCUACCCUAUUGAGGGUUUGAGUCAGCACGAGGCCGGCAGACUUGAGGAGGUCAUCACCAAGCUGAAGGUUGAUGUUCAGAGGGGUAUUGACUUCGCCAACAAGCAGUAGAAUGCCUACUUUGUGAUUAUUUGAGUACUACCCUGUAACGAGUGCCUGCACUCAGGGGCCAAUUGAGCACAGACGGCACAUUUUCAAGACGUGUUCCGUA